UUCAAGUUAGGAAUUUUCUGUGGAAAGAUGAUCUCACACAGGUACUCUCACAAACUGGCUGCUAUGGUCCACCUCAGUGUCACGCCAGAAGUCUCCCUUGCUGACUUGCCAGUGAAGAUUUAUGCCUCUGACCUGGCGCCCUCCCAGCUUGUGACCUUAUAUGCAUCACUGACAGAUGAAAGGGGGGUGAAGUUCGUAGCCAGAGCCUUUUACCAAGCCAAUCAGAAUGGAGAAGUGGAUGUGGCUCAGGCUUCUGCUCUGGGAGGCAACUAUACAGGUGUGUGGCCCAUGGGCCUCUUCUACACUCUAAAGGCUGAGAAGAUGUUCCACAGGCUGCUCAAACGUGACGUGACAGGCAGCCCCUUCUAUGUUCAGAUUAGCCUCUUCAAUUCUGCUGUGGUUGUACCCUUGCCCACACAUGAACCACUGGCUACUUGUACUGUGGAACGAUGGUAUGCAGCCCCUGGAGUGGAACGCAUCCCCAUUAAGUCCGGCAAGGUCCGGGGAGCCCUCUUUUUACCUCCAGGCCCUGGGCCAUUUCCAGGACUGAUUGACCUGUUUGGUGGAGCUGGAGGACUAAUCGAAUUUCGAGCUGGCUUAUUGGCUAGUAAAGGCUUUGCAGUCCUGGCUUUGGCUUUUUUUGCAUAUGAUGAUUUACCACAGACUCUGGAAGUAAUAGAUCUGGAGUAUUUUGAGGAAGCAUCCAGACUGCUCUUAAAAAAUCCUAAGGUAAGGGGUCCGGGACUUGGAGUUAUUGGUUUAUCCAAAGGAGCAGAAAUUGCAUUGGCCAUGAGUACUUUCUUAAAGGAAGUAAUGGCUUCAGUGUGCAUCAAUGGUCCAACAAGAAUGUGUGAUACACCACUCCAUUUUCAUGAUGUCACUAUCCCUGGAGCUUCCUUCAAACAUGAGAAGCUCUGCAUUAAUGAAAUGGGAUUGGCAUCCAUUUCCUACUGCUUGGGACAUCCUCUGGAUGAAACACUUGAAGUAUCUACCAUCCCUAUGGAGAAGACUCAAGGGCACAUCCUCUUUGUGGUGGGAGAAGCUGACCAAAGCUUUGAUAGCAAGGUGUUUGCUGAAGCAGCCAUAGCUCGAGCAAAGAAACAUGGGAAAAAUAAUUGUAGCCUGUUGUCUUAUCCAGGAGCUGGACAUCUGAUAGAACCCCCUGGAUCACCAGUUUGCUUUGUCUAUCCACUUCGGGUUUUUCCCUUGCCAAUCCAAUGGGGUGGGGAAAUGAAGCCUCAUGCUAAAGCCCAGGAACACUCUUGGAAUGAGAUCCUGAAUUUUUUUAAGCUUCAUCUUGGACCACUUCAGAACAGCAGUUUAUGAUAAAAGAAAGGGCCCAUUGUUUAGCUUCUUUUAGAAUUAUGCAUUUGGUUGGAGCCAUUGAGGCCAUGAACUCCAGUCUUCUUACUCUAUGCAGGUUAAAGUUAAAACAUCUUCUUUAGAUGAAGGGGAUCCCUCUAGCUCUUUGACUAAUUAACUGCUCUUGGUGUUAGGAAAUUUUUCAGAACAUUCAAAUAGAGCUUGACACCUUUUAAGAUUUGUGGACUUCAACUCCCAGAAUUUCUCCUCCAGUCUUGUUAGCUCAGGAAUUCUGGGAGUUGAACUCCAUAAGUCUUAAAUUUGCCAAGUUUGAAGACUCUUGAAAUACAGUCUGCCUCAUAUGUUUAUAUGUCCCACAGUUUGAGAAGAAAACAGACAUUAGCAUUCUCUGUGGGCUUGUUAAUGCUUUUAUAUCCUUUCUUCCAUCUUUUGCUUUUCAUAAAGCUGCACAUGUCAAUAUACUUUGUUGCCAUUCUCUAAAACUACAACAGCUUGUGUGAGUUCUUAAAGGGUGGAACAUUUCCUCCUGAGAUUUGGAACUUACAUUUCUUCUGGUGCAAAGUAAAUUACAUUUGCUCUUUUUUUAUAACAUCACAAUGCUAUGUGAUAGUUUUCAACCAACAACUAUUCUAAGCUUUUUUAUUUUUUGAGAUACUAGUGUCAAAUCAAAUAUCUUCCACCCCAUAAGUAUUCAUCUGAAUUAUGCUUUCUAAAUGCUUAAUUUCACCUUUGGUUUACUUUCAAAAAAAAAAAAAUUUUUUACCAGCGGUUUAUUUGACCUUUCUAGAUAAUUCUGACUUUUAUUUCUAUUCAGUUCGCAGCCAGGUUUAACGUCAUCUGAAAAUGUGAUAACUUGGCAGUAAUUGUAACCAGAAAAAAAGACCAUUCAUAGGAUUUACUGAUCCAUAGUUUGUUGAAUAAGCCAUUGCUGCCUAAUUCACAUAAAAUGCCAAUGACCAUAGAAUACAAAACUAUCAACCUUUUUACGUUCACAAACCAUAAUGAAACAUAAAGUGAUUUGCUUGGAUUUGCUUAGUGUGAUGUGGGAACUCAUUGUCAGCCCCAAGGAACCAAGAAUGGCAUAAGGAGCUCCUUCAGAGUGCUCAGAGUACUUCACCAUCUGGUCAGUCUCAACCGUCCUUUCAGCCUGCCCCUGCCAUCACACAUGAUGAUGUUUCACGGAUGAGAAACAAAAUGUUUUGUUCUUCUUCCUCAAGAAAAAAACAGUCCAGUUGCCUUUUCAAAAGCACCUUUGAGACAACUAUGACCUGGAUGACAGAAUCUCCACAGACACUGAUUACACUACUUCAGAGUACUUUCUUGACUGUUACUCGCCAAUAGACAUAAAUUUUGCCAGACUAAAGCACUUCUCAGUGUGACUAUUAGAUUUAUCCUGUGAGCUGCAAGGGAGGGUCUGUUUUUGCCCUUUUCCUACAUACCAGAGAUUCAAAGCUAUGUUGUCUCUUUGCUCCCCAGGAAGGAGGUCAUCCUCCUGUGAUUCUGGACUACAGUCUAGAUGAGAUGAUUUAUUAUUCUGACAUGGUUUAUUAUUCUGUAAAGUACAUAUCAGAAAUACAACUUUGCAGUA